AUGAACCUCUCUCUCUCUCUAGGUAACCAGGAGCGUGGGUGGAAUGACCCCCCCCAGUUCUCAUACGGCCUCCAGACGUCCCGCGGGCCUCAGAGAAACCUCCUGAACAAGAGAGCUGCUCCACCAGCAGGUGCAGGAGCCCCCCCCAUGACCCCUCCCUCCUCCAAUCCUCUGGCUCCAACUCUAGGUGGUGUAGCUCCGCCCCCUCUACACUCAGCUUGUCCUCCUCUUGGCUGUAUGGCCACGCCCCCUCCCCCUCUGGGACCAAUGAGAAGUCAGAGAGACGACAGCCAAUCAGAGAGCGAGCCGGACGUAGAGGGCGUGGUGUUGGUGCUGAACCUAGCGCUCGAUACCUGUAGAGCGACUGUUAAGGACCAGGUGUGUAGUGACGUGGCAAAGAGGCUCCGCCUCCUGGAGGACAGCUGGAGGUCAGGUAGACUGAGCCUACCUGUGAGGAGACGCAUGGACACUCUGUCUUUAGAGUUACAGGCUGGUCACUGGGACUCAGCUGAUGAGAUCCAUCGCUCUCUGAUGGUCGAUCAUGUGACUGAAGUCAGCCAAUGGAUGGUCGGUGUCAAACGACUCAUCGCUGAGACCCGAAAAAUGAAUCCAGAACUUUUAGAACCACUUCGGAAACCUCCGGGACCAGUCCAGGACCCUGCAGCACCGAUCCAGGACCCUGCAGCACCGGUCCAGGACACUGCAGCACCAGUCCAGGACUGUUAAUCCUGCAGGGAUCGGCAUGUUUCUUUCUACUCUCACCAAACUUUGACUAUUUUAACCGAAACCAGGAUCUGGUGCUGAUAAUCCUCACAUUCAUUCUCACAUCUCAGCAGAGCUGUCUGGACUCUAGAGGGUUUCAAACUGAGGCUCUCCUACAGGGGGUCCGCUCUGGACUCUGGUCUCCUGAUUUGGAUUCCUGGACUCUCUGGACCCACAUAGACUGUAGACUCUGGACCACGUCUGUCAUGUUUCUGGACUCUCAACCUUUAUAAGGAUCUAAAGUCAUGUGAUGUUUACACCAAUCAGUGAAAUAAAUCUCUGUUCUCUUUU